AUGCCGUCCUCUGAUCGUGACGAUGAUGAGCUAUCGGACUCUGCCCGCGCCGUUCUCCGAAUUCAGCAAGAAAUCGACGGGGGUGUCUCCGAUGAAGCUCCAAAGAAGUCUUCGUCUCGUGCCGGGAAUGGGCGAACCCAUGGAGCUGUCACUGGCAUUGCCCUGGGCGAGUAUGCAGACUCGCCCAAAGCCUCCAAAGCCUCCAAAGCCUCCAAUUCUGGAACAGUGCAGAUCAAAGCAAAGGGCAGCAAGGCUGGACUUUUCAAGGAGAGCUUGGAGUCACUAGCAUAUCGCGAAGAUUCUGAUCACGAGGUGAACCCAGAAGCUCCAGCUGGAAGUUUCCGGAAAAGGGAUUUGCAACAGGAGGAGCGUGACCGAGCAAGCAACAAAGCCCGGGUGGGCUUGGAUGGAAAGGUCUAUCAGUUUAUCGACGCGCCAAGUGAUGACGAGAAUCACGAAGCUGAAGCUGUCAAUGAAGGCAAUCAAAAAGCAAAGAAGAAAGACUCGAAGAAGGCCAAGAAGGAUGCAAAAAAGGAUAAGAAAAAGAAGAAGAAAAGCAAGAAGAAAACCAAAAAGCACAAGGAUUCGUCGAGCUCCUCUUCAAGCUCAUAG